GUUACUAAGGCAUUUUGUUCACACUCUCUGAUGAAUGGCGCUGCUGAAGGGAAACAGCUAAUCAGACGUCUGUAGGGACACAUUAUCCGUCCUGAUUCGACUUCCCUGGAUGUAACUCACUCACUGACUGGAGCUCUGCUGUGUCUUCACCACCUUCACAAAUGCCCCUCCCCGACAUCUAACUAAUUGCCCUCCGUCUCACCUGAGAGGAGAAGAGGACCUGUAACAACCCCCACCUCCCCCCAAAAAAUACUACCACCUCUUCUCCUCCUCCUCCUCCUCCUCAUCCAGCUCCUUCUCUUCUUCUCCACUGUUCACCUGGACAGAGCAGGCACAAGACAAGACACACACGAUGGACUGCAGCUAUGCUCUCAACACUCAGAUAGUGUUUGCUGCUUGAUCUGCCUCUUUUUUUGGGGGGGAGAGGACAGGAAAAGAGGAAGACUUUCGGAAAACCUCCAGAGUAGUGUCACAGAGCUCUGCAGUGAAGAAGCCGGCUAAGUUUGUCAGGAUGAUUUUGGGCAGUAUCAACCGAGCAGGGGCGGUCCCUACAUUUCUGCGGACCCCCACAGUGAUCCAGCCUCACCUGGACAUGAAGCCCUUCCUGCAGUUCCCCAUGGAGACAGCCCCUCAUCAAAGUGUUGGACUCUUCCACAACUUCAACACGAUGGAUCCUGUUCAAAAGGCAGUGAUCAACCACACCUUCGGAGUCCCACUGGUAAAAACCAAGCGGCCCAUCAUCUCCUGCAAUGUCUGCCAGAUCCGCUUCAAUUCAGAGAGUCAAGCAGAGGCCCACUACAAGGGGAACCGCCAUGCCAGGAGAGUGAAAGGCAUUGAGACCUCUAAGACUCGUCCACAGGAAAGUGACAAGCCUCCUCCUGGGCCCACUUCCUCCCCAUCACCUCCAGGAGCCCCGGCAGCCAAUACAGACACUGAGUCCAGUAAAACAGAAGAGACACAGCCCACAGUGUCCCAGCUGAGCAAGCCCGUGGCGACAGUGCAAGGGCCUGCGCCUGUGUCGGCUCCCCCCACCCCGGAUUCUCCUGGUCCGUCUAGUGGUGCCCUCAUGCCAAGCCCCGUCACUCCUCUUCCUCAACCUGCAAGCAGCUCUUCGCCUGGUUGUGGGUCUUCUAUCCCGGAGCCAGCUGGAGCACCAGGAGCGACGGCAUCUACACCUGGUAAUGGAGAGACGGAGGAGGACAAAGCCAAGAAACUGCUGUACUGCUCGCUGUGCAAAGUGGCCGUCAACUCCCUGUCUCAACUGGAGGCUCACAACAAAGGCACCAAACACAAAACCAUUCUAGAGGCCCGGAGUGGACUGGGUCCCAUCAAGGCGUAUCCCCGUCUGGGGCCCAAGCCCAGUGGAGAGAGUGGGCCUACAGACCCCAACACUCAGGAACGCACCUUCCACUGUGAGAUCUGCAAUGUGCGGGUCAAUUCAGAACUACAACUUAAACAGCACAUAUCAAGUCGAAGGCACCGGGAUGGAGUAGCAGGGAAGCCCAAUCCACUCCUGAGCCGACACAAAAAGCACAGGGGUGCAGACCUCACGGAUCUCACCAAAGCGCUGGGUGCUGGCCUCCUGCCCAGUCCUCUGGCUGUAGCUGCAGCAAUGGCUGCUGCCGCCUCGUCCAAUCCUCUAGCUCUCCGCGCCGCAGCUCCCGCCCCACACCCUCAUCACCAUCAUCAUCAUCACCUCUUACAAGCCCCACCCCUUAGCCAUGCUAUUCUGAGACCGGCUCCAGGGCCAAUCCGCACCACACACGGGCCCAUUCUUUUCUCACCCUACUGACACACCCUCCUCCAGUUCAGCCAGCCAGGAGCAGCAUCUCCAAAAGCACACUGUGAAGUAAUCCAAUAGUAAAAUAAUUACAGUAGCAAACCACACAGCAAUGACUAGAAUUAACUCAUCCACCAACUACUCAGUUUCAAACAAGGAAAAAAAAAAACUGGAACUAAAGGAAACAUGGGACGAAGAAGAGAAAAGAUUUAUUCCUUCUUUCCCUUGCCCUGCCCUGCCCUUCUCUUUUCUUUGGAGUGCAAAGCAAUGAAUCAAAAGACAGUAUGUAAUAAUUACUUCAGCGUGGCAUUUAUCUUUCCCUUCUUGUCAGACGCACAUACACACUGUGAGACAGAAGCAGAUAGGAACCGGAUGCAAGAAAGAAACUGCUGGAGAGUUGUGUUACAUGGAACAUACCCAAACACGCACACAUACUAAAAGACUACUACUAAUUGUUUCCAUUUAUACUGUGUACCACAGUACAAGUAGUUUCUCCAUCAUGUCCUCAGCCCUAUGCACCUUGAGAACAAAAAAAACAAACAAAAAAAACAACAGGAACCCCCAUUCUGUCAGUAGAAUAGUUGCUUCGAGUGAUCUCCUCUUUAAUCAAUCUAUGUCAUAUAAAGUUUUGCCCUCUAAGACACUGUUAGCAUCUUUCCAGUGUGGAGAUGCUGCUCUGCAUAACGUACUUAGAUCGGUCCUGUGGAGGAAAUACGGUGGAACACGACCUGAGGAGAUGAGCGUGAAGAAACAAACUCAUCAACCCAAAGUGAUACUACAAUUAGGGUUCAGAAUGAAGAUCUAACAUCUGAAUGCUUCCUUAAGAAAAAAAAAUGUAAAAAAAAAAAAAAAAAAAAAUCUGCCAACUUUUAUCUUCUCUCCAGAAGUGAAGAAGAGAGCUGAGCGGAUAAUCUGCUGUUUAGCAGAAAUCAAUUCUCAGUUCCUAAAGGAAGACCUGCAGACACUUAUUUAUUCUUGUGUAGUGUAGCAUAGUCCAGAACUUCCAAGCGGACUGAUGUGUAGUAUCAAAUAAACGGGGAAAAAAUAUUUUAUAGAAGAUCUUUGUAGACCCAGUCAUGAUGGCAGUAGGUGGACGGUGGGGUUCUUAGAGAGAAAGGCAAUAUAACAGGGGUGUCCAAACAGUCUCUGGUUUUUAAAAUGUGUUUAUUAGCCCAGUAAGGCUAAAAUAAAUUGGCUUAAUAAAUCAUUGGUGGCACAGUGGAUGAGUGGUUAGCGCUGUUGCCUUGAACCUCCAGAGCCAAGGUUCGAUUCCACGCUUCUUCAGAUUCUCCAGUUUCCAGUCCAAAGACAUGCAGAUUAGGCUAACUUAGGUGAAUGCAUGUGUGGAUGUUGACCGGAGGUCCUACCACGGUCGUAAAAAUGGUAACAAAUACAUCACGGUGGUCACCACUGGCCUCAACAGUCUCCAGUAAACAACUAUUAAAGUUGAACUUCUUUCUUUGUCCACUUGGUGUCACUACUGUGUAAAAUUUAAUCUAAGAACUCACUUUUUUUUUCUGCAGGUCUACCUUACCAUAAGUAAGAUUUCAGGUAAACAUGGUGUUACCAAAGAGACAGAAAAAAGAAAGUAUAUAUAUGCUGGCAAAAUUACUACUGAAUUUGUAGUGGCUCAUGAAUAGGAGCAUGUGGGUCAGAGCCCAAUUAUAUAGUAUAUCACACAUUUAAAAAUCUUGAUGUCCCUUAUUCACAAUUCCAUUGCUAAUUAUCUCUAAUAAACAAUGACACUAAAUAAUUCAUUGCGCUAAUACUGCAGUGGUCUGACCUAGUGGCCAGAAAUGGGAACUGCAAUUGCUCCAAAAAAUGUUUGGGCACCCCUGCAAUAUAAGCAAAGGUUUAGAGUCGCACUCCUGUGUCCAUUCUCUCUCUCUCUCUCUCUCUCUCUCUCUCUCUCUCUUACUUUCAUAUAUACCGUAUAUACACAAAUUAUGCAACCUCAGCAGAAAGUCCAGCAAUAUGAACCCUAGUCUUUCUCUAACAUUUCCUCCGGCAUCCUGGCUAAAACCAGUCCUGGACUGUAGGGCUGGAGAUAUGGACAUCGCUUUGAGGAGGACAGAAAGGGGCAGGGAAAUGAAAACAAUGGAAUGAAUAAUAAUUAAACAGGAAGAAGCCACGGGAUCACAGCGACAUCGCAAGGGGACGAGACUGUUCUCCCGUUCUUUGGUCUGAACUUCCUGUCUUGAAUCUAAAGCCAUGCAAUGCAUAUGAUUUCUGUUCUUUUACUAUGAUUGGUUUAAUGUUAUUGUUUUGUUAUCGUGGCUUUCUUUUUAAUUUUUCAUAAAACACUGUUUUGUUGAUUAUAUAAUUAGUGAAAGAAAGAAAAGACUGUGGUGAAAGAAAAAUACACCCAAAAAAUAUAUAUUUUUAGGUAGAGAACCAUGGGAUAAAAUUCAGUGGGGACACUGCCUACACACUUUAUGCGGGGAAAGAGAAAUAUUCAUUUAGAAAGCAAGACCUUCAUGACAUUGGAGGGAUUUUCCAUAAGGUACUGAUGGAUGUGACUAAAACCCUUUUGUUGAUGCGCUAAAAUGUCUUACUGUUUGGGUAUUUGCGAUGCAAUAAGCAAUCAAUUUAUGUAAUUUGCUCUAGAUUAACAUAAACCAAAUGUACAGGGUUCUGUAAACUGAUUCGUGAGUGCCUACUGAUGGAAAAUCUUUGUUCGUCCAUGGCGAUGUUUUCCUUCUCAGAGCAGCAGGAAGGGCUGUGAUGGACUGUCACUUCCCCUUCUCAUAAAAAAGGGCCUUAUGAAUCUUUAAUAGGGGCACAAAAUACAGGAUAUCGGAGUGAAAUCGAUACAUAGCUUACCAUACUGUUUGCACAGCAUAUGUAGCUGCGAUUCAAGAGUUUAUGGUUCCAUUUUGUGUGUGUGUGGUCAGCAGGUUUAGUAAGUUCAGUAUCACUGUCCUUGUCAUAUUGCCAUUACAGAAAUGCUAACACACGUUAGCAUCCACCAUUGUGCUUUGAUUAAAGUGACCUCUAUUUGAAGAUGUAUUUAGGUUUUUUUUUUUCCAUUAGUUAGGAAGGCAAGGGCAAGGGUGCUAUAGUUCUUGUCAGUGUGUAUCUUCUAGCAUCCUCUGUGUGUAUAUCAGACAGAAAAUCAAUCAAGCUGGACCGAAGGACUUGUAUCAGACUGGUGGUGCUGCGUUCACUGAUCUGCAGUAAGCGCCGCUCACACAGACGCUUCAUCGACGCCAUGUCAGGCUGCAAACUCCAAGAAGUAACAGCGAUUCACUUCCCAGCACAGUCCAUGAGCAUGAUACGGACACACUUUGAUCAGUCUGUGAACUCUAUAAAGAAUACCUUCAUCCUGUAGUCAUCCCAAGAAGGAGCAUUGUCAGUGUACAUAAAUGUUUGGAGUCCUUUGGUAGAUUUCAUCCAAUCUUUCAGGGCGGGUCUUAUGUUAGUGAUGAAGUGUGUUUUAGCCGUAGCCUUAUUCCACCCUAAGCCUCUCCAGGUGACGGAGAAAAGGGAAACCCUGGGAAGCUUAUGGUCAAACCUCGUCUUGCCAAUAAAGUUAUUUUUGAAUUUGUCAGAGGGAUAAAAGAGUAUGUUUGGUGCAAUGUAGCAAUAUUCAACCCAUACUGGCUACUCUUGUUUAUUGCAAUAAGGAGAUCAACCAAUAAAUGCAUAGCCUAUGUGAGUAAAAUACUAUAGAUGUAAUUUAAAUGAAACAGAAGUUUAUGGAAAAUAUUAUUGAUAUUAAAAUAAACCUGGAGUUACCACAGGAAAAAAAAAUGUCUAUAAAUCAAUAAAGACUAUUAAACCUAUAUAA